AUGAGACGACACGGCCCAUUCGGCUGUUCUUUCAUACUGAUUGCGCUGGUGUCCUUGGCUGGAGCCCGCCAGCUACCGUACAAUCCAGCCAAAAUUCUUCGACCUCCUCAGCGAGAGGAGCUCGCAUAUGUGUUCCGUCCCUCUUCAGACGGGGAGCAGUUCGAGUUCACCUCAAUCGACUUAACCUCGAACAUUCAAUCUUCAGACCUCCGAGAAUCCGUGCUAUACUCAACGUUGCCAUUUCUCACCAGCCGACAUGACGGCUUCACAACGGCAAUGGGAGAGGACGGGGAGAUCACAGUUGUGUCAGGAAAUUGUCUCUCUCCAACUGGGCCGCAAAUCUGGAAGUUUUCCCCGGACGAGAACUCAAGAGAAGGGAACGGCACAUGGAUAAAGCAAUCUCUCACGACGCAUAAUCUAGAUCCAGUGGCAGGCGUAGCACCAGUCCCCUACUACCUAGCGUCGGGGAUAAGUUUCACGUCAUUACUAGGCGAGGCCACUGGAACGGACGACACCUCGACGACUUAUAUCUUUGGCGGGAUGUGCUCCAAAUCCGAGUCGACCGAAAUAUCAACGUGGCAGUCUGAUGCGACAUACAGCAAUACCAUGUUCAAGAUCGAUCGAGAGGCCGACGCUUCCAGGCUCGCAAUUAGCGCCUCGAGCAGUCGAGGUCCUCCCAUUGCGGAAGCUGGAUUCAGCAUGACAAGUCUUUUACCUACGUUCUCUAAUAACUCUGAUGGAUCGAGCAACCAGCAACGAGACUACGUUCUCGUCGGUGGCCAUACAGCAUCAGCUUUCAUCAACAUGAGCCAAGUGGCGCUUUUCUCUUUGCCGCAGGAAACAUGGACGUUUCUUCCAGUCUCACAGUCUACAGCUGGCCGAACCGACUUGGCACUCAAAAGAGACAUAGAGGAAGUCGAACCUCGAAGCGGCCACACGGCUAUUUUGUCAACAGACGGAACCAAAAUUAUCGUCUUCGGAGGAUGGAUUGGCGACAUAGAUACUCCAGCCGCACCUCCGCUAGUGGUGCUGACGCUGGGAGAAGGUUAUGGUGGUAAAGGUCGGUGGACAUGGAGUAUACCAAUUGCUCCUAGCCCGCUACCGGGGUCAAUAAGCAUCUAUGGACACGGCGCUGCCUUACUUCCAGGCGAUAUUAUGAUGGUUCUCGGUGGCUACCGGAUUGGAGAGUCAAUCCAACAACGGAUCCGAGCAAGACAGCGCCAGGCGAGCGAAAUCAAUACGAAGGCCUUCUUCUUCAACGUCUCUUCCUCUACCUGGCUCGAAGAAUACACACCACCAGAGAGCUGGAGCUCGGCUGCCCAGCACAACGGACCUCUCUCCUCAACGUCUCAAAAGGCGGGACUUGGCGCGGGUCUCGGAAUUGGCGGUGCCAUUGUCCUUGGACUCGCCGUCUUCUACCUGUUCUUCACGAAACACCUGAGACGUCGACGCGAAACGCAAGAACGCGAGGUCGAAGAACUUGAGAAGGCCGCCCACCGAGACCAUAUGCGCGAAAUGUCAUGGCGAGGUCCUCCGGGACACACGGCAGUGGAUACUCUCGACGGCGCUUACGAUCCAUUUUUGUAUGGAGACCACGUUGAGAGUCCGUACGAUGUCCUUCAAACACGGCGACCGUUCACUGUUCAAGACGCGGAACGGACGGGUCUCUUGUUGGAUGUACCCAGCCCAACCCGAGGGUUGCGGCGGAGCCUGGCGAGACGCUCCCACCCACAAGGUGUGGGCAAACAUGUUUCACGACAUUCAGGCCACAUCCAUCCAAUUGAGGAGAGAGAGGAGGAAGAAUCUCUCGCAAGCAACGAGCAUGACGUCCAACCCGGAGAAUGGACGGCGAGUGGUGAAAUGAGUGAAAUCAAAACACUUCACCGUCCUCAGCCAAAUGUCAGGACGGGUUUGACACCGCUCGGAUUUCAUCCUGUCCCAACAGACUCGGAUAUAAGAGCGGCAGGUGCAGAUGGAGAUUUGGACCACAUCCCUCGGUCGCCAGCAGAAGAGCGCAAACACGAAGUCCAGUCUUGGGCCGAGGAGUGGGAGCGCGCAGCUUCGUCAAUAAUAGGGCCUAGUCAAAAUGGGCCACCAUCGUCCUCCAACUCUCGACAUGCUGGUCGGACCUCGCCCACUAAAUCCGAUCGAACAUCGUCCACUCUCUCCGCCAAAUCUUGGGUUUCCAAUUUAUCAACAAACGAUGACCAGAACCACUCCUCGUCCAACACCACCAUCACCGGAGCCGUUGCAACCCUUUCGCGAACUCUCUCGGCUCGAAUCAACUCCGUCCUGGUCAAUCCGUUCGCCACCCCUGAGCCGAGUCCUACACGGGAUGGUGGGUUCGGACUUCCAGAAUCGAAGCGUCCUCAAAGAAACAGUCAGGGUGCUACCAGCUUAUUAGGGGACCGCUCUUCACAACCGAGUCCGACCAAAACCCUUGAAAGCUCUGCCGCUGGUGGCGACCCUUCAGAUGGAAGUGAACGUGGCUCAAGUGCUGGUAAAGGUGCGGCAGGAGAUGCCGAAUCAUUUUCCACAGCAAAGACAUCAUUUGCCAAACUGCAGUCGGAGGGGGAGGCGUUGCUCGGCGGACCGCGAGCCGCUGGAACGCGAUCAACGAAAACGGUCGCAGGACGCCAUCCUGAAUCAUCUGUCGAGUCUGGCUCCAAGAUCCACCCGGAGGAAGAAGGCUCCCCUGAACGAGCCGGGUUUUGGUCCGGUAGCGUCCGACGAGUCCUAGGAACCAAGGGUGCGGCCGCUCCAAGCAGGAAGAGCGGCUCGACCAUUUCCGCUGUCAAAUUACGCCGGGCCCGUCGCAAAUCGCUGGUUGAUGGUGGCGCGGGUCCUGAGAUGCGGGAGCAGAACCAUGGACUUUCUACGGCGAUGGGAACGCCCCGACGUGCCGUGUCGGAUGCUGGAUUCUGGCGUACGCGGAAAGGCGCGAAAGAUUGGGAUUGGGAUGAUGACGAGCCAAGUCUGUCAGCCGCUUUUGGUGGAAGACGGAGCGGAGAUGAUUGGGGAGCACCGGACGAUAGUGAGCCGGCUAGGAAUCAGAAGCCGGCGCCGAAUGAACCCGACGCCGGGGAACAUAAAGGGAGGGAGGAGGAUUGGGAUGUCGAAGCGGCAGUCGAGAACCGCGUUGUACAGGUCAUGUUCUCGGUGCCCAGGACGAGAUUGCGGGUCGUGAACGCGGACGCAGAUGAACAGCGGAGCUUGAUGAGCGUUGAGGACGACAGCAACCCUCGACAUCCGGGUCUAGAGAAGGGUAAAGGGAAGGAACUGGACUGUUGA